CUGCGCAGUCCCCCCUCGGCAGGAGCAGAGGAGGCCCGACUGCUGAACCUCUGGGGGUCUCGGAGGGGCUUUCUCGAAAAAGCAGCUGGGCUUCCUUGAAGACGUUUCGCUUCCCCUCCAGAAGUGAGAAGUGAAACGUUUUCAGAGAAAAAAGCAAAAAAUUCCAUUUCGGGUGAGGGAGGGUCUCCAGAAGUGAUUAUUGGGCCCAGCUGUGAAGUGGGGCCUCUGUGGAGACCGUCCACCAUUCCGGACCCAAGGGGGCUUUUUCCAAAAGGCAACUGGGCCUUCUUGUUUUUUUUCCUUGAAGAUGUUUCGCUUCCCAUCCAAGAAGCUUCCUCCGUUCAGACCGACUGCUGGGGAACAGAAGGAUUUAUAUUCCUUGUGGUCAUCUGGUCCUUGGCCCUCUGGCUGAGGGUCGUUGGGGCCACUUGGGGGUUUAUCUGGGCCACCUGAAUCAGGGUGCAAAGUCUGGUUGCCGUUUGAAAAAGCCCCUUUGGGAUCCCCGUGAGACAACCUGGAUGAGGGAGCGCCUCAGAGACAUUAAGUGCUUUGCCUGCGAAUCUCAGCAUACACCUUAUAGUACAGAUAAUGCUUAAUUUACAAUCAUUUCUUUAGUGAGCGUUCAAAGUUACAACAGCUCUGACAAAGGGGAUUUAUGACCAGUCUUCACACAUGACCAUUGCAGUACGUGAUCAGAAUUUGGACAUUUAGCAACUGGCAUGUACUUACGACAGUUGCAGUGUCCCAGGAUCACUUUUUGUGACCUGACAAGGUCAGUGAGGAAGACGGAGUCACUUAACUGUGUUCCUGCAGUGAUUCACUUAACAACUGUGGCGAGAAUGGUCAUAAAAUGGGGCAAAUUUCACUUAACUGUCUUGUUUAGGAAUGGAAAUUUUGGGCUAAUUUGUGGUUGUCAGUCUGAGGCUGCUUUAUUGAACAGGGAGACGGGUCAGCCCUGGGGCUGCCUGAGUGGCCGGUAGGCGGCAGGGGGAGCUGAUCCAAGUGGCCCAGAUCUUAGCCUCACUCUGCGAAAGUUCCCUUCCUUUUCCUUGGCAUAUCAGGAGAUGCCUCUUGCUUCGGAUUCAAGCUGCCUUUGCAGAAUUUUUUUAGGUCUUGUGAUAUAUUUAUUGCAUUUGACUUCAGUCUGUGGCACUGCCGCACUCCGAAGCAGAGGCAAAGGGCUGUGAAUGUUAGUGGAAGUGUGAACUCAUGUGGAACACAGGUUAUAUAAACCCCUUCAGGAGAUGGUGAAUUCAACAAUAUUUUCUGCCUCGGGAGGCGCCACGGGGCAGUCCAAGAUGGUCAGCAGAUGCCAGCCCGAAGUCAACCCCUCCAGCGAUGCUCGUUGCAUGCCGGACUUUUGGGACAGGCUUGUUCAGCAGCCCAGUUACCUCUGGAUGGAAGAGUACCACGAGGCCCCACCCCUGCUGACGUCCAGCUGUGCAGCCCAGCGGCCUGCGGGAGACGAGGGGGGCCCUUGGCCCUGGGAGGUGGCCCCUACCACGCAGAGCCUCCCCUCCCCCAAGGAGCUAUGUCAGAAGAAGAGGAAGGGUCCGAAGCAAAAGGGCCGGGGACACGUCCGGGGCUUGUCCGUCUUGUAUCAUCUGGAGGAGGUGAAGAGGCGACAAAGCAGCAUCGACAAGCAGAAAGCGCAGGAGAGGGGGGCUCUGCCCCAGCCCUGCCCCCGAGGAAGUGGGACCGUCGGGGACCCGCCUGCGCCCCUGCUGACCCCCGCCAGGACGCCGGAGCCCUACGCGAGGCCCUUCCUGGGCAGAGGCACCAGCGCCCAGCUCCUCCUCCACCCGCAGUGGAACCCCAGCCUGAGCGACGCCCUGAGGCUCCCGGAGGGAAGCCCCCUGCCCUUCUUUGCCCUGGCGGCCCACCACCGCUUUCCCCGUGGAGGAGGAAGAGCGGAGCAGCGACCUGAGGAAUAACCGUGGCCAAGUGACCUUGGCGGUCAGCCUUGCCCCGUCCGGCUCCCUCCAGGGACAGGAGAAAGUUGCAUUGGCCAGGAGUGUGUGGGGGGGGCACGUGCCAACAAGGGCUUCAGCAUCGCCCUACGUGUCUCCUCAGACCAGGGUCUUCCCAUUGGGGGGGGGACUUUUAUUUCCCUUUUGCAGUCUUGCCAAUGCCCCCCCCCCACUGGCAUGCCAGAGAGCGCCACUUUCUCCCACUUUCUCCCUCUUUGCGCUGUCAAUAAGCCUUCCCGCGUAGGCUGAGGAAGGAAGCGAACACCAGGGGAAAGUGAGGGCGGUUUCCAUAGUAAUCCUGGCUCUGGCGAAGGCCGGCCUCUCUCCCCCUUGGCUCUCCUCCUCCACCUGCGUGUAACGUAGGAGUAAGCUGCUCCGAGGAGCUCAGCCAGGCGUUUGGAAGAAAGAAGAGCCCUUGCCAGCCUCCUCGUGAUCUGGCGGGGCUCAGGACUGGCAGAGUUCCUCUUCUGACGCCCCCCCAGACCUCCUUUUCCGCUGCAAGUAGAUGGCUGUCCGUCUUCCCCCUUCCCCAGGCCUUUUGCCCACCCGGCUGACGUGUGUCCCUCUCCUCUCUCUCUCUCUCUUCCACUCCCUUAAAGCAAACGAUAAAAAGCAGCACAAUAUUUCCUGCCAAAGGGGCAGAGGCAGACGUGGUGAGGACUCAGUUUUUAGAAAGUUAAUACCCUUUGUAGAUUGAGGAUAAAUUGUUCCCUGUUUACCAGGAAAUUAGUUCUUGGAGUCUGAUAAAGGAUUUCCUUUAUGCCUCCCCCCCCCCAAGACCAACCUCCCCCCUGCAGAGGAGAAGAGGGGAGGAGUGCAGGAGGUGCCAGGCUUCAUGGCCUGGCCGGACUGACCAUCAGGAAUGGACCCUGUCCUUGUUCUUGAGGCUGGAGGCCUCGGCCAAGUUGGCUUUUCCAAGGUGGAUUUUUGGGAGAAAAUACCCCUUGGAUCCUUUUUUCCCACAAGUUAGUAAUCCUUUCUUGCAGCCUCGCGCAUUUAUUUUCCACUAAAAAGGGUGGGCGACGGCGCGUCUGUUUCUCAGAAAUCGGCCCUCAGAUUUUGACUGAACCGUGUCAGGCAGACAUUGCCAGCAGAAAGGGGCUGGGGACGGAUGGCUGGCCUUCGCCUCUGUUGGCUUGCUAGAUGCAUUUUUGAGGUACAAAAAUGUUUUUAAUUGGAGGCUGGCCAACGCUUGGAUUUCGAGGCGCCGCUUGCAAGAGUUUUAAAGGCACAGUUGGCAAAAUGUGAGUUUGCAGCCCUGCAGCAGGGGAAGAGAAUGCCCUCCCUCCUAUUCGGUCCAGGCUGCCCCCCCCCCCAUUAGGCUCAGCAGUUUUCAACUCAAAGGAACUGCAGGUCCCAAUUCACCAACCAGAACACCUCAGCUGCACGGAAAAGACAAACAUAUUAGAAGAAAUCUGAAUGUAAAUUAAUGCUCUGGUUGUGCUAACAUAAAAGAGCGCCAGUUUGGCCGUUAUCCUGUUUAUCAAAUAUAUUUAUGGUAUAAAUAUAUACUGAUCAUUGCA